AUGGGAGAUUAUGAAGAAAUUACCCAAGAAGACCAAUUUCAUAUAAAAAUUAAACUAUCUGAUGGAGCAAGCAAAGAUACCCUUGUUAAAAAUUCUGACUGCAUUUAUAAGAUAAAUCAAAAUAAAGAGACCAAAUACUGUUUUUAUUAUUAUUAAAAAAUAAAUUAUCUAUAAAAAAUGGGGAAUUAAUUAUUAUUGAUAUUUUUUUCCUAUUUAAAUUAUAUAAAACAGCAAGAAUUUCCCUCUGAAUUGAAAGCAGAAAAGCAGGUCAGAUUUAUUUUCCAAGGAAAGUUUAUGCCUGACGAAUCACUAGUAUCAAGCCACAGUACAUUUCAUAUAGAAUUACAAGAAGGCAGCUAUAUCCAUGCAAUUAUUUCUGAACGAAAAAGGCAAGAAUUGAUAAUAGAAAGAACGCAUGAGGAUUCUGAUUCAUUUGAAAUUCCUAUUGAUAUUCAAAUAGAAGCACGAGUAGAAGGACAUCAUAUAGAAGAGGGAACAACCAGUGAUUUAAUAUGGGGAAUUAUUUUUGGAUAUUUAUUACAUAUAUUAAUGCUUUUAUGCGUAAAAAUUAUAUAUACUUUUUCUGUUGAUAAAAAUUUUUAAUAUUUUUUUUUAUUUAUUUUUUUAUUAAUUUAAUUAAUUAAGUAUAGAUUUUGACUGGAAGACUGAACAGAAAACAAAGAAUUGGCGUCUUAAUAGGAGUCACUUUAUCAUUUUGGACACUAUUAAAUAGCAAAGAAAUAAAAUAA